ACUCAUUGGACCUCUCUGCUACCUCUUUCCCCUGACAUGCUUGUACACAUGAGCUUCCAUUGCUCAAGAAAAAAAUUCAGUACAAUAUUACCCUCCUCCCGUUGUACAGCUUCUUCUCAAAGGCAGCUUGUUUGCUGUUUCUCUUUUUGAUUUGAAAGUGGAUCCUUUGAGGGCAUCUUGCCUAUAUCCAUGUGAAUUUAAAGGGUUCUAUCAUGGGUGACAUCCUACUGAUGUGUAACCUGUCAUUGGCUGUGUGUUAGCUGCUAAAGUUGAUGAUUGUCUGCUUUUUUUUUUCUUUUUUUUUUUUUCCCCUCCUCUAUUUCAAUGCAGAGGAAUACGAAGAAGAAGCUCAUGCAACAGAAGAGGUCCAUGAAGAAGAGGAGAAGCCCAAAAUAAAGCUAACUGCUCCUAAAAUACCGGAGGGUGAGAAAGUAGAUUUUGAUGACAUCCAAAAGAAGAGGCAGAACAAAGACCUGAUUGAACUGCAGGCUUUGAUUGACAGCCACUUCGAGGCCAGGCGUAAGGAAGAAGAAGAGCUGGUUGCCCUGAAGGAGAGGAUUGAGAAGCGCAGAGCUGAGAGAGCAGAGCAACAGAGAAUUCGGGCUGAGAAGGAGAAGGAGCGUCAAGCACGGCUUGCGGAGGAAAAGGCACGGAGAGAGGAAGAAGAUGCCAAGAGAAAAGCUGAGGAUGAUCUUAAGAAGAAGAAGGCUCUGUCCUCUAUGGGUGCCUCAUACAGCAGCUAUCUGGCAAAGGCUGAUCAGAAGAGAGGGAAGAAGCAAACAGCUAGAGAGACAAAGAAGAAGAUCCUGGCAGAGAGGCGCAAGCCCUUGAACAUUGACCAUCUUAAUGAAGACAAGCUGAGGGACAAGGCGAAGGAACUGUGGGACUGGUUAUACCAGCUGCAGACUGAAAAGUAUGACUUUACUGAGCAAAUAAAGAGGAAAAAAUAUGAGCAGCAAGAAGGCAGGAGCCAAAGGCAAGGUUGGCGGGCGCUGGAAAUAAAGAACCAGGUAGAAUGGCCCUUAGUGAUGUGCCGAAACCCUGCUGGUCUCUUCCUUCUUCAUUCACAAACCACUUGUGUUCCCGUGCCUCAGCGAUAACUAAAAUUGCAACAUCAGCCUGGGUUGGCUAUUGCUGCUGCUUUUCUUCUUCCUGGAAGGGUCUGGUGGCUUCCUCAGUCAACAGGAAGCAGGUUCCCUUUGGAAAUGGGGAGACUCCUUGCUGGCAUCUUCAAUUCCUGCUGAGCAUGUCCUUUAUCCUCCUGACACCAGCCCUACGCUGUCCUGUAGAUUGCUGUGUACAAAUCUCUGGAUUUUGUAAAUAAAGCGCAAC